ACCUACGACGCAUCCAGGUCGUAGUCGGGCACCUGUCGCGCAUGAAGCUCUUAUCUUGCAUAUCCGGCUUUCUUGCCACAACCUAUCCUCUCGUCAGAGCGAACCUCUUACCAGGCGAUUUCGAUGCAAGCUUGCAUCAAGUAGUGCUUCAAAAUGAUGCACAAAGUGUUACAGUUCCCGAGCCUUUUUCAACUGAACCAACCAACUCGACUGGAAACUUCAUCUUUAACACCGUCUCGUCGCUGAUGCAGCGAUGGCCAAACACAUACUGGAGAAAUGGUCACUCCAUCGUCCCUGUUUCCAUCCCUGUGGCAACAAUAUUAUAUCACGGUCGCGCGACUAACAGUACCCCGACUGUCCCUGAGUGGCUUGCUUUCGACUUCGACCACUCCUUCAUCUUCUGCGUGGCGAAGUGUUGGGUGCACACCAUGGUCGCCACUCGAGACCUCCGACUGCUAUACUUCGAUGGUUCUAGUGCCGCGAAGAUGCCGAACGGGACGAUGGACUCGCAGGACCUUGUUAUUUGGGGAAAUAUUGACGAGUACAGGUCAUACAAGGAAAGAGAGAGGAUCGAUACGUUGUGUGAAUGGGGGAAGAAGUAUGGAUUGGACGGGUUCGUGAGGAUGGAGAUGCAUUUCGAAAUCAUGUUCUGCAACUUCUCCUCCGGCCUUGAACCAGUCUCCAUCCUCGAAUUGGUACCCACACGAUUCCCAGCCGUAUGGCGUCCUCCUGGAUUGCAGGAGCUUCAGAAACGCGCCGAUGACCGUGAAGGUGUCGAUAUGCACCACCACUACGGCAGUCAAUCCGAUCUUUUCUCGGAUGGUGUCGUCAGGCCGCCAUGGCCCAAAAUACCAGACCCACCAGUCGGAUGGCGAGGGUCACAAGUAACGCUAGAGGAAGCACUGUUCGAGCUUAUACACACCGGCUCAUGGCACGACCGUGCCCCUGGAGAAACCCGCGUCCAUGUUGACUACACCGGAUUCGUGUCAUUCUACGAUGCCUCCCUCACGAGUCUUGUUGAGCUACGCACUGGUCAAGACAGAUUUCACCACCGAUUGCAAAACAUCACUCGUGAGGAUACUGAUAAAGUGAUGGACGAACUGGACGAGGUUUUAUCGAGAGGGUGGAACGGGGUCCAGGGGCAAAGGAAGAGUUCUGGUAGCCGUGUGGAUUGGGGGAGCAUAACGACAAUUGUGACGGAGAGGUAUGGUGAAAGGUUGGAGUCGUUGGAGUAUAUCUUGGAAGAGGGAAGGUUCCAGAACGUUACACGACAAGUCUCGCUCUUCAGAGCGCAAUUGCUCGUCAUGCUCAGUCCCUACAUGCUCAUCUCUGCACUACCGCCACCCGAGGUCGAUCCUACUUCGGACCCCUCAUGGAUUACACCGAUUAUUCGCCAUUGCUCGAUAACAUAUACUUCGCGCAUCGAUACUAGCUCCCUGACGAGACAGGAGAGGCGGAUCAAGAGCUCAGUCGAGGAUGUUCUCGCCGAGAUUUGCGGGACGUUAGGGGGCUUGUGGGUGGCUGCCUUCGAUAUUGAGGCAGCGGAGCUGGCGAGGCAAGAAAAAGUCCUGCAGGAUUCGAGGGCAGAAAUCGCUCGAUUGAUGAAGUGGCUGGGUUGGCCGAUGUGGGUGAAGUGUAAGCCAGGGUGUGGUCCAGAGGAAAUAUGCCAUAUCCCAACCUGGAUGUUCAGUCCAUUCCAUGACGAUCCACACGACAUGACUCCUCGAUGCGUUCGAAAAUUUGCUCCUUACACCUGGUGAGAGAAGGUCAGUAUGCGCAUACACGAUAUUACCAUUUGGGCCCUAGAUCCUGUUCCUUCUCGUCGGGUCGUUUUAUUUUUGUACAAUCUCGCUUGGGCGCUUUGGCUUGUGGCUUUCAACAGCCUCGAGAAACACGCAACUCCAUAGUUAUAAUAGAUGCGUAACCUAGAUUACAUGUAACAUACCGUUCAGGAAUGUCUGCCACAGGACAUGCUACCGCCGACAACAUUGGAAA